AUGGCGAAAGCGAAAGCUCAACCGCCAGCCCGACAAUCAGUCUUGGACGGCGACGGCUGGCUCUUCGAGGUCCUGUCGCUCAUCGCCGCCGCAGGUUUCCUCGGGGCUAUGGGGGGACUGAUUGUCCGCUACGACGGCCAGAACGCGAGCGACUGGCCAUACGCCGUCACGCUCAACGCCUUUGUCGCUGUCCUGUCUUUGGCCGCCAAGGCAUGCGUCAUGUUCGCCGUCUGCGCGAGCCUGAGCCAGUGGAAGUGGAUCCUGUACGCCGGAGCCGGCCACAUCUUGAUCGACUUUGAACGCAUCGACUCUGCCAGUCGCGGACCGCUCGGGAGUGCCGCUCUACUUGUGACGACCUGGAAGGGCGGUCUUGUUGUUCGCCUGGGGGCUAUCGUGACACUCUUGGCUUUGGCGUUGGACCCCUUUACGCAGCAAAUAAUCCAACUUCGCCAGGACUUGGUUUUCACACCGGCCGAACCAUACGCCCAGAACACACGGAUCGGCGCUUCCGCAUACUACUGGGACGGCAAUGUUAUCAAGGACAACUCAACGCCGCUGACAAACGGAACCGAUGGAAGCCUCAACACCUACGAAACCUCGACCCCGCCUUACAUGCAAGCCGCGGUGCUCGACGGGCUGUCCAGGUCGAUGAGCCAGCUCCAGGCUCAGACCCCGUACUCAUGCCCGACGGCUGACUGCCGCUGGCCGGUGUUCAACUCGCUGGCCGUGUGCAGUCGUUGCAGCAACACCACGUCGCAGAUUUCUCGGAUCCCCGGCAACUCUAUUGAUCUAUACAGGGCAUUCGCCGCCCAGUACGAUGGCCGAGGGAUGCUAGGUAAUAACGCCACCGCGUUCCGUCUUCCAACGGGCCAAUUCAUCGCAAAUAUGGAUGGCUAUAUGGAGGACACCACAGGAUCCAACGGUGCUCCACCCUGUCUGAUGAGCGCUUCUGGAACCGGUAUAGCGAGCAAGACACUAUCUUUGCAAGAGAGUAAUACCCUCAUCUGGUCGACGAAUAUCCUGGCGAUAGCCCCGCCCCAUAACGACGAGUUGAACAUGACCACACCUGUUGGAGGGAAGUGGCCAGACAUGCCUCUUGUAUCAAAUGAAUGCGGCCUCUAUUGGUGUGUCAACCAAUACGAGUCCGCGGUUAGCAACAAUACCCUAUCAGAACGCGUCACUGAGCAGGAGACGACACUCGACAUGCCCAAAGACGGCUUCGCUUGGCCUUUUGACGGACUCCAGUUCAACCAAACAGUCGUGGACACCGGCAUCUGGCCUGGUCAAAUCGGGCUGUGCGACACAAAGCAAGAGGGGGGCUUCGGCUGCCUCAACGUGUCGAUAGAGGCAGUCCUCUCACUCAACAACUAUUUCCAAACCUUGCUGGCCACGGACGCGACGCCAAUGAACGACACCGCCGGCCUGGGCCCAAAUGCACUCCACAACGAGGGCGGGUUGAUCGACGGUCGAUUCGUUCCAACCGCUCUCGCAGGCAUAUGGACGGACGCCAAGCAGGAUCUGCAAGCGACGUUCGAGGCUCUGGCACUGAGUGUAACCAACGCUAUAAGGUCUUCCGCGAUGGGCACUCAGGACACUGCGUCGACCGUGACGGGGAGCACGGAGGGGACUAUUGGCAGGACACAGACCCUAUUCGACAUGCAGUGGCAGUGGAUGGCGCUGCACUGCACGGUUUUCGUCCUUGCCAUUGUCUUUCUAUUGCUCACUGUGACGCACCCUGGGCGGAACAGGGCGCCGCUGUGGAAGAGCAGUGCUCUUGCCAUCUUGGCAUGCGGUGCGAAUGCUGCAGAGGUCUUGGAUGGUGCGGAGACGAUGCCGCAGAUUCGCGAUAGGGCGAAGAAGGGCGAGGUUGUGCUGUUCGACGGGACCGUUGCGGGACAGGAGAGGGAACAUGAUGUUGAUCAGAAGCUUUUAGGGUCGGGCGCGGUAAAGCCUUGA